AUGGCGAUGCCAGAUUCUGCCAUGAAGCUGCUCCUCGUGAGACCUGCAGUUCCAGCACCCCUGGAUCCCAAUUUUUCGCCGCUUGUGCUGGCCAAGCGGAAGUACCUCAAGGCUGUUGCAGCAGCAAGUGGUGCCAAAGACGGUUUGAUUGCGGGCAAGAAAGGCAUGGGGAUUUUCAAGGCACUGGGCCUGGGGAAGGGCAAACCUGUUUUCCUGGAAUGGGCACUGCCCCGCGCUGACGGAUGUGCUCGUUACUCCUUGCCCGUAUUCCCAGAGGGCCACCCAGAUGUUGAAGCAUCGAUCUACCUUGCAGGAGUUCUGAUUCAGGAGAUGAUUUGGCAGCGAAGUGCCAAGAGCUUGCUGUUGAGUGGCCCGGCCAACAUCUGUGAGGCACUGAAGCAGGACUUCUCCAAGGGCGGCAGGUACGAAUUCGAAGUGACCUCCAUGCCGAAUGUGUGCGGUACGCCCGACACAGUCUUUGAAGUGAAGAUCGUGAACCCUUCCGAGUUGCCCGAGAGUUUCGAUACGCCUCAAAUUUGCGGCAAGGAUGCCAAUGGAUGCCGACUGGCCUUUGACUUGGGUAAGAGUGACAUUAAGACCGUGGCGGUCAAGGACAACGAAGUCGUGUAUUCAAAAGAGACAGAAUGGGACGUUACCAAUGCCGAUCCAGAAUAUCACUUCAAAGCUGUUUCCGACGCAUUGAAACUGGCAAAAGAGAAGCUGCCCAAGGUGGAUGCUAUGGGGGGCAGCGCCACUGGCACCGUCGGGGCACAGAAUGAGGCGACAUGGUGCGACAUCUUCCCAAAUGUCCCGCCUGAUGUUUACAAGCAGAAGGUGGUGGACAUCUUCCAGCGGAUCUGCAAGGAAGUGGCUGGGGACGUGCCUCUGAAGGUCAUCAAUGACGGUGAGGUGACAGCCCUGGCGGCCGUCCAGAAGCUGGAGGGAAAGGGGAGUGUGAUGGGCAUUUCCAUGGGCAGCAGUGAGGGUGCUGGGUAUGCAAACGCAGACGGGAACCUCAUGGGAUGGAUCAACGAGCUCUGCUAUGUCCGCCUGGAUAUGAACCCAGAAGCACCAACGGACCCCUGGUCGAAGGGCUCUCACACAGGCCUUUCACACAUGUACCUGGGUCAGCGUGGGGCCACGAAGCUUGCAGCAAAGGCUGGUAUCAAGCUGCCAGAGAAUUACGUGUACCCGCAUGCCAACAUGUGCACUAUUAAGCACGAGGAUCACGCUCAGUGCCUGAAGCUCAUCCAGAAGGCAAUGGAGGAUCCAUCCCAGAAGGUCCAGGUAGAAAAGCUGUACGUCACCGUGGGGGUCUACCUCGGUUAUGCCUUGGCUCAGUACUGCGAGUUCUACAAGAUUGACCACGUCAUGAUCCUGGGCCGAGUCAGCAAGGGUGCUGGUGGUGACAUCAUGCUGAGCACAGCAAAGCGUGUGCUCCAAACCGAAUUCCCAGAACAUGCGGGCAUCCAGUUCCACACGGCGGAUGACCACUUCAAGGCCGCUGACUCAAAGCUGCAUGACAUGAGGUGA